AGUAUUGAAUUGGGAAAGUGGUUGAAGUUUUAUCGAGUUCGGACACUUUUAAAGCUCUCUCGCGUUGUUUCUUCGAAUUUUCUCAUCCAAAGUGCGCGAUCGGAUCUGGGUUUUAUAUUUUUUUUGACGAACCCGUGUCCCAAUCUUCGAUCUCGUGUCGAAAGUCUCAAUCUUUUUUUUUAUUUUCUUUAUCUCUUUUUUUUCUCAAUUUAAACCCUUUAGUCAAAACCCUAAUUUCCGCCUUCCUGUCAAAAUUACGACUCGUCUGCGUAGAGAUAUAGCCAAUCCUAUCUCUUCAGCUGAGACCAUUAUAUCUAUCAGUUUGUAUUUUAUAGAAAGACCGAAACUUUUCAUCAAUUUCAAGCGGAUAGAGUCAGUGAGCGAUGUCUUGGGCUGGUCCUGAAGAAAUCUAUCUUUCAACCUCACUCGCUAGUUAUCUCGAUAGAAAACUACUUGUGCUCCUUAGAGAUGGUAGAAAGCUAAUGGGAACACUCCGUUCUUUCGAUCAAUUUGCUAAUGCGGUUCUAGAAGGUGCAUGUGAAAGGGUAAUUGUUGGUGAACAAUACUGUGACAUUCCUUUAGGCCUCUAUGUUAUCCGUGGAGAGAAUGUUGUUCUGAUUGGUGAGCUGGACACGGAGAGAGAAGAGCUUCCUCCACAUAUGAUUCCCGUGUCAGAGGCAGAGAUUAAAAGGGCGCAAAAGGUGGAGAGGGAAGCGAGUGAGCUGAGAGGAACAAUGAGGAAGAGAAUGGAGUUUCUUGACUUUGAUUAAACCAGAUUGUGUCCCCAUUCAUUCUUGGCUUGAUGCUCUGCUUUGGCUCGCAAGUUUUAUGAUGAGCCUUUUUGGUGUGUUAGAUUUAGGGGAUCGACGCAAGUCUUAUGUUUCAUUUUGGAAGAAUAUGCAAAAAAUAAUCUGUGUACUUCUGUCUCUUCGGAUCUGUUUUACCUUUUACCUUUUCAGAAGAAAAAUAUUUAGCAUUUUGUAUGCCUGAUCUUGGAAUUGUCCAAUUGGGUAGAGAGAUUGGAUGAUUUCUUAUCAAAAUCAAGAUAUAAGAAUAAAACUUUCUCGUUU